GAUCGCCCGAACCGAAGGUCACACCGCGAGGACAUUUCAGAUUGACUUCUAAAGACUCAUGUUGCCUGAGGAAGAAGUCCAGAGGAGAAGAAAGAGGACUGAAAGAGGAGUCAGGAAUGUCUCUUUCUCAGUGUCCUUUGACAUUCAGGGAUGUGGCCAUAGAAUUCUCACAGGAGGAGUGGAAAUGCCUGGACACCGCUCAGAGGGCUUUGUACAGGGACGUGAUGUUGGAGAACUACAGGAACCUGGUCUCCUUGGGACCUCUGGGGUAGCAGUCCCGCUUUCUGGACCCAGUGGGAUCCAUGGUGAACCCAUCCUCACAGCUCUGGUCAUGUGUGGAAGAGAACACCAAGGGUGUGUCUGAGCGAAGGUUCGGUAAGGAGAUUAGUGUGUAUGUGAACAGUGGACAUAAUCAACAAAUCUUAAGGAAAACUAGAAACAGAGCAGCAAACACACUGCCAACAGGGACUAAAGAGAUUAGAAAAUGGGACAAAAUAAAGGAAGACUGUGACUUCUUCUGCCCUACCGUACUGGACCAUAAAAUUAUUUGGCUUUGAACAUGGGCUGUUUUUUAAGAAGAAGGAAGAAGAACCCCAAAGGCAAUUCAGAAAUCAUCAGGCUGCCAAUUCCAGCAGAAGCCCGGAGUGCAUGGGACCCGGGGGCAGGAUUGCCUCCCCCUUGAUUUCCAAGGGCAGGACCAACGCCCAGUGCAGUCACAUUCUGGAACCCUCAGGGUGAACCUCUUAGUAUCAGCAGAGAACUGUGGCAUGGAUGGGGCCACCUCGGAGAGCCCCAGACUGGGCAAGGCAGAGAGCUGCUCUGGGAGUGGGACCCAGGCAGAGAGAGAACUGCUUUGGGGACAAUCCUGCUGAGCUGUGGGUGUGAUGUUGCUACCCCGUGAGCCUGGAAGGCUCAGCAUCGAACUACAGAGGAUUAUUUUUGAGCCUUAAGGUCUAAGCAGUUUUCACUAUUAGGUUCUGGUCUUACUUGGGAGCUGGCGAUUUUUUUUUUCUUUUCUAUUUCUCUGUUUUGGAAUGGGAAUGUCUAUCCUAUUCCAGUCCCAUUACUGAUUGUAUUUUUGAAAGUAUAUAACUUGUUUGGUUUCACAGUUUUUAGCUGGAGAGAAAGUUUUGCCUCUUUGUAAAUUAUACCUUCCAUCUCACUCAUAUUUGAUUUAGAUGAGACUUUGGACUUUAGAUUUUAGAGUUGAUGAUGGAAAAAGUUAAGACUUCUGGCACUGUUGGAAAGGAAUGAAUAUAUUUGGCCUGUAAGAAUGACAUGAGCUUUGGGAGACCAAGGGCAGAAUGGUAUGGAAUGAAUUUUUGUGUCCCCCCAAAAUUCAUGUGUUAAAAUCUAAUCCCCAGUGUGAUGGUAUUUGUGGGUGGGUCUUUGGAAGGUGAUUAGGUCAUCAGGGCAGAGCCAUCAUGAAUGGGAUUGGUGCCUAUACAAGAAUCCCAAGAGAGAUUACUUCUCUCUGUUUUCUCUCAUGUGAGAUGAUAGCAAUCUACCAACCAGGAAGUGGGACAUCAGUAGACAGCAACCAAAAAUGCCAGUGCCUUGAUCUUGGACUUCUUAGCCUCUAAAACUGUGAGAAGUAAAUGUUUGUUGUUUAAGCCAUCUAGUCUGUGGUCUUUUAUUACAGUACCCUGAACUGACAGACAGCAACACAACUCAGUUCUUAUAACUCCUUUGAAAUAUUUCCUUCUCAGCUCUUGUAUUUGCUGUUAUCUGUUGUAAUCUAUACUG